CGGUGAGAGAGGGGGGCGGGCUUACCGUGCUCACGGGGCGGGCUUAUCGUGCACACCUGACAGCCUGUCUCCGCCCUCCCUCUGGCUACCUCUUCACUCAGAUAAUGCUGUUGGCACUUUAGUAGCGGCGCGGCAUCUUGGUUUUGUGUGCCACACGUAACGAUAAAAACACAGAGCUGACGAAGCCGGCCAUUUUGGGGAUUUAAACGAUGACAGACAGCUGAAACCUGCCCAACAACCGCUCAACGUUUACAGGAAAUAUUUUCAGAUUAUCUCUGCUUCCUCACCUGAUAAAAACCCUGUCUGUUAACCUGCAGGAGGCCACUCUUCUCCUCACACGCUGCAUGCUCGGCAUGGUAACAUGAUGGAGGUGGCCGGUCCCUGGACGGAAAUAUUCAAGGACUCGGAGAUGCCGGAGACGUCAGGAGGACCAGAGACGUUGCUAGGGAGCUCCACUCUGACCCUGGCUCCUCUGGUGGCCGACCCCCCGUCCUUACGGCGCUCCCAGCCCAUCAUGAUCACCUUGAACAGGCCGAAAGGCGGCGAGUCGUUUUCCUCGUCCGUCCCGGCGAUCCCAAACCCGUUUCCUGAGCUCUGCAGCCCCUCCAAGUCUCCCGUGCUCAUCAGUUCACUGCCCCCCCCGACGACUAACAAACACCUGAUAAAGGUGUACGGCGAGGACAGCCACAGCCGCUCGGUGUGGGUUUCCCGGGGGGCGACGGCCAGAGAGGUGUGCCACAUGCUGGUCCAGACCGCCCACUGCAGCGACCAGGAGAACUGGGCUCUCCUGGAGCUCCACCCCACCCUGGGCCUGGAGAGAUGUCUGGAGGACCAUGAGGUCGUGCUGGAGGUUCAGGCCACCUGGGCUCUGAAGGGCGACACGAGGUUCGUUUUCUGCAAAAACUACGCCAAGUACGAGUUCUUCAGGAAACCAAUGCUCUUCUUCCCAGAGUGCAUGAUCUCCGACAGCGCAGAUGUCGGCAAGGGGAUGACGUCGUCAGAGCUCAUUAAGAACCUGCUGAAGUCUGGGACGUGUCCAGAGAUUCAGGGCUUCCUGCAGGUCAAAGAGUCCAGUCGCAAAUCCUGGAAGAAGGUCUACUUCUUCCUCCGCCGCUCCGGACUCUACUGCUCCACCAAGGGAUCGUCCAAGGAGCCUCGUCACCUGCAGUAUGUGGCUGAUCUGGAUGAUUUGAACGUCUACACUGUGGUUAACAGCCGUAAACUGUACGGCGCGCCUGCAGACUUCACCUUCUGCAUCAAGCCUUUCAGAAAUCCCAUCCGUACUCAGGACCUGAAGAUCCUGUGUGCCGAGAGCGAACAGAUACGAACGUGUUGGACGUCCGCAUUCAGACUGUUCAAGUAUGGGAAGCAGCUUCAGUGCAACUACCAGCUUUCAAAGUCGGCCCCGCAGAGCCGGGAAGGAACCAAACUCCCAGAUGACAAAGCGCAGUCGGAGGCGAGCCUGGUGGCCAUGGACUUCUCAGGGAAGGCCGGCGGACGGGUCAUCCAGAACCCGACGGAGGCCCAGAGCGCCGAGAGGGAGGAGGGCCAAGCCUGGAGGAGGAGAGAAGCCCUGAGGUGCAGUCUCCCCAACAUAAACCCUGGCGCCAGGCCGUCCUCCAUCCACAAGAGCCAGCCGUGGUUUCACGGUGGUGUGUCCAGGAAGGAGACGCAGAGACUGAUGGAGAAGCAGGGCCUGGUGGACGGGUAAAGACCUGGGUGUUCCAGAUCCGUGA